UCGAGAUAGAGUACACGCGUGUGUAACGCAGCACAGAGAACUUUAAGUACAAGGGAAAGAACAAAAAAAGCCAAGAAGUUCUGACGGUGGUGACGCAGUAAAAGGGUAGAAUCAAGCUAAUUAUAACGAUAGUUCAGUAGUACCACAUCGUGCGUAGGAGCGCUGGCAGCACCUUCUCUGUGGCUGAUAUGGAUAACGCUCUAAUGAGUUUACGUGCUUUAAACGGCAGUGACAUGAAGACCGCGAAGCUCAGCUUCAGGAGGUGUUCGAACAUCGCCCCAGGCUACAAGGCCGCCGUCGAGCGUCGCAAUGAACGGGAACGCAAUCGCGUACGCCAAGUCAACAAUGGUUUCGUUGUGCUCCGCCAGCGAAUUCCAUUCGCAAAGGCCAAUAAAAAAAUGUCCAAGGUUGAAACACUGCGUUGUGCAGUUGACUAUAUACGCCAGUUGCAGCAGCUCCUUACAAUGGACGAAUCGAUAUUUGGAAGCAGCGCCUGCCCGGCGAACCACAACUCGUCAGAAGUGAGCACUGUUGUUAAUCCGGCCCCAGAAGCGUUAUCGUCCCCAUUGGCAGAAUCCAAUCCCGUAAUUCCAUCGAGCUCAUCACCAAAUAUGAUGCGCAAUUCUUCUAUAGCAUCUAUAACGAGCUUUCAUGAUGCUGAUUUUGGAGUGCCAAUCGAUCUCCAACCCCCAUGCUCGACGAUGGCCUGUUACUCUCGAACAGACUCGCCUCUGAGCUCACACAGCGUCGAAACAUCAUGCGAAACGCCGACGACAAUAAGUACAGCCAAUAAUUCCUAUCAGCAAUUUCCACCCGAACAGCAGCUUUGGUACGACUGCUAUUAA